AUGUCACGGGCCUCCAAAUUAACCCUCGGCCUCGUCACCGCCGUUACGGGCCUCAUCGUUGUCGCCGUUCAUAAUACACAAGUCACCGAGCGUGAGGCGAUGCACCAGGGCGUCGUUCGCGAUGAAGAACGUCAACGUCUGAAACGAGAACGAGCAUUGGACUUUGAAAUGUCGGCGAAAUUACGGGAAGAGUACGAGAAGGUGCAACCCGUUAGUAAUAGCGGGGAUAAGCCGAAGAGGUAG